CAUUCGCCUCAGUCGCGCAUCAAAUCUUGCAAACGUCGGGACAAACAAAACAGCAUCAAAUUAAUAAAUUAAUUAAUCAAACAAUAUGGAGUCAACAAUGCUGAAAGGCAUCAUCAUAAUGCUGCUGCUGUCCGUUGCAAUUGCAGCUGAACAAGAAACAAGGCAGCAGCCGCCAUACAGACCACUGUCGCCCAGCUACCGCUUUCAGCCAAAGUUCUGCAGCGACACCUACAGUGGAAGGCAACUGUACGUGGGCGAGAUGUACACACGCCCUGGCCAAUGCGUUCGUGUGCAAUGCCUGGGCACACUGCAGCUGUGGGAGGACAGCUGCAAAUCGCCGGCCGGCCUUAAGGGCAACUGCAUUGUGCUGCCGCAAAUGGAAAGCAAUCUCGAGUAUCCCAAAUGUUGUCCCUUCUACGAGUGCAAAACAUACGAGUCCAAUUCCCAGGGCGAGGUGGAGACUACCAAUACUUACGAACACACUGGCUAUUUGCGCAGAUCCUACGUCACCGAACUGAUCCGCAUCAACAAGGAGCCAGGUGAAAUAAUCACGGCGCCAGCGCGCAAAUAUCAGUUGUAAGUCAGCAUACAACUGCGUGCGUUUGUGUAUUUAUGUAAUUAGUUCGUAAUUAGUAUUGUAUUGUAAUGUAUUGUUUGAGUGGCCGUGCAAUUUGUGUGUGCAAUAUACGAGAAUUAUUUGCGAAAACUUAAA